UACCUUGUGUAAAAAUAAAUGAGAAAAAAACAAAGCAUCCGUAACAUAUCGAUGCCACUCAUCAUUUAGUAAGAUGUUAAGUGAGCAUACAAUUUGGCAUAAUUUAGAAUAAGUGUGAAUAUAAAACUUUGUUUUAUUGAACAAUAUGGUGGAGAUGAUUAAGUUUGUCGGUAGUAUUGAAAAGUAAUAACGCAUACUAUACAAUUGGCCAACCCAUAACAUGCCAGACGCUCUAUGGAAAUUGUUCUCGGUGAAGUUUUUACAAGGAAUCUGUGAAUGAAUUUCUACGAUAUCUGUCAGAAACAACAUAUGAAAACGUCAGUUUCUCUGGAAUUGUUGGAUUAACAAGUAGCCGCUUGGAAAGUCAACUUGAUGGAUUUCUUUCAAAAUACUGUGAAUGUUUGAUUCAUUGUGUGUGCUUCUCAAACAUAUUGUUUACGAAACAAUUUAACACUUUAAAAGUAUUGUUUUAUUUCGCCAGAACCUUUUGCACAAUUUUUCGUGUGUUCCAAAGGAAAAUUUAUCUGCAACAGGGCUGAUUUCAGAAAUGGAAAGCAAGCGAACGAUUGUCAUUGCUAUUGAUGACAGUGGACAUUCGGAGUUUGCAUUUGACUUUUACGUGGACAAUGUCCAUCGUCAUGGUGACCACAUCGUCCUUGUACAUGUUCCUGAAUACAGCAACAUACUGUCUGCUUCGUCUAUUUUGACUGAUCCAAACAUCAUUGCUGAAAUGAUUAAAGAUACCGAAGAACGGACCAGCGAACUCGUCGACAAAUAUUCGUUCAAAAUGCAACAAAAGCAGUUACACGGCCACGUGAGACAACAGUGUGGAAAGCCCGGGGAGGCGAUUUUAGAGUGUGCCAGGGAGGAGGGCGCCACCAUGUUGAUACUGGGAACUCGUGGAAUGGGAUUAAUGCGGCGGACCUUCAUGGGAAGCGUUAGUGACUAUUGCCUCCACCACGCCGCAUUUCCCGUCCUUGUCUGCAGACAUAAAUCAUUUAUAAGUGACAAACAAUGCUCAUAAUGUAUAUAAACUAUACUACCUUCAUAUUGAUACUCCUAUAUGAUAAAAAUACCGCGGUAAACCGGAUUUAAAAUAAAAACUACAUUUGCUUUUGACAACCUUCAGCUGAACUGGAGAACCAAGCUAAAAAUAUGAAGAGAAAUCACAUUGCGUAAUUGAAGAGAACGUCACGUUAUUUGCAUUCAGCAAGAUGCACUGAACUUGCGUUAUAUUUAAUUUAUUUCAAACUCUCUAGAAUGCGUUGUCGUUAAUGUCUUUAUAGUGAGCCACGUGAAGCACAUAUUUAACAGCAAUUCGGGAUUUUAUGAAAUCGAAAUAACGGCAUCCAUGAUAUUAAUAUACGUAGAACUUGUGAAACAUAAUAUACCAAUGGAUUAUCUUGGAAAGCUAGAACUGCAGAUCUCUUGUGUAUCAUUUAUUUAUUAUUUACUGAGUAUUAAAGGAUGAUUCAGAGUAUCAAAACGCGUUGUAGUAUUUUAAUAAAAUGUUUAAAACAUGUAUUAGACAAGAUUGAUACGUUCCAAUCGUCAGUUAUUAUUGAACAUUGACAUCACGGAAACUGGACGAUGGGUGUUUAACCCAACAUCUCUUGUUUAAAAGAAUUUUUAAUUCGUGUGCUCUUAUAUUUCCGUUUUACCAUGGCUUUGAUCCGUGUGUCAUAAAAAGAAGAUUCUCCAUGUAUUUAUUGGCAAGCUGUAUCAACUGUAUAAACAGCCCAAAAGAAUACAUGGUGGUACUUGAAAAUGAAUCUAUUGUCGUUUUACCACGCAUAUAUGAAGCUCAACAAACUGAUGCAAUCUAAAACCAUUGUUCAAUGAGAUGGAAGUA